UAUUUGCUCCUCAGCCUCAGAAAGAUCUAGGGCUGUGGACUACCACUCCCGUGAGGUAGUGAUCGAUUCUACUGCGUUCGCGGCGUCUUCGAACGCGCCGCGGCAGCCAUGUUGGACGUGGCCAGCACAGGGGCCGGCACCAGGGGGUUAUUGAAGCAGCUGUCACGAUGCUGGGGUCCCUGGUGUUGAGAAGAAGAGUGCCGGCACCACGGCUCCUCCUCCGGUUGCUCAGGUCCCCAUCGCUCCGGAGCCAUGGAGGUGCUUCUGGCCAGAGUGUGAUCGCCGGGGGUCGCGGAGAGCCGCAGUGGCUGAGGGCAGCCGCCGGGGGGCGCCCUGGAACAUCGCUAGCCUUGCUCCCCGCACAAGGGGCAGCCACCGGCGGGCACGAGGGAGGACAAGCCGAAACCCAGUUCCUCUCAGCUGCCACGUGGGAACGCCUGCCUAGUCUUGAAGAAACACUGCCCGGACAGGAGAGCUGGAAUGGAGUCCCCAACAAGGGCGGACUGGGCAUGUGGGCCCUGGCCACAGCGCUGGUGGUUCACUGCUACAGCAAGAAUCCAUCCAACAAGGAUGCAGCCUUGUUGGAAGCCACUCGUGCCAACAAUGUGCAAGAAGUCCGCAGGCUGUUAUCAGAAGGUGCAGAUGUCAAUGCAAGGCACAGACUUGGCUGGACAGCACUCAUGGUGGCAGCCAUCAGCCGAAAUGACAGUGUAGUACAGAUCUUGCUGGCUGCUGGGGCUGACCCAAACCUUGGGGAUGAUUUCAGCAGUGUUUACAAGACUGCCAAGGAACAGGGAAUCCAUUCUCUAGAAGAUGGGGGACAGGACGGUGCAAGCUGGCUCAUCACAAACCAGUGGACAAGUGCCCUGGAGUUCAGGAGAUGGCUAGGACUCCCUGCUGGCGUCCUGGUUACCCGAGAGGAUGACUUCAACAACCGGCUGAACAACCGUGCCAGCUUCAAGGGCUGCACAGCCCUGCACUACGCUGUCCUUGCUGACGACUACCGCACUGUCAAGGAGCUGCUUGAUGGAGGAGCCAACCCCCUGCAGAGGAAUGAAAUGGGACACACACCCUUGGAUUAUGCCCGGGAAGGGGAAGUAAUGAAGCUUCUGAGGACUUCAGAGGCUAAGUACCAGGAAAAGCAACGGAAACGUGAGGCUGAGGAGCGGCGCCGCUUCCCCCUGGAGCAGCGACUAAAGGAGCACAUCAUUGGCCAGGAGAGUGCCAUUGCCACAGUAGGUGCCGCGAUCCGGAGGAAGGAGAAUGGCUGGUACGAUGAAGAACACCCUCUGGUCUUCCUCUUCUUGGGAUCAUCUGGAAUAGGAAAAACAGAGCUGGCCAAGCAGACAGCCAAAUAUAUGCACAAAGAUGCCAAAAAGGGCUUCAUCAGGCUGGACAUGUCUGAGUUCCAGGAGAGACAUGAGGUGGCCAAGUUUAUUGGGUCCCCACCAGGGUACGUCGGCCACGAGGAGGGUGGCCAGCUGACCAAGAAGUUGAAGCAGUGCCCCAAUGCUGUGGUGCUCUUUGAUGAAGUAGACAAGGCCCAUCCAGAUGUGCUCACCAUUAUGCUGCAGCUGUUUGAUGAGGGUCGGCUGACAGAUGGAAAAGGAAAGACAAUUGACUGCAAGGAUGCCAUCUUCAUCAUGACCUCCAACGUGGCCAGUGAAGAGAUUGCACAGCACGCACUACAGCUGAGGCAGGAAGCUUUGGAGAUGAGCCGUAACCGUAUUGCUGAAAACCUUGGGGAUGUCCAGAUUAGUGACAAAAUCACCAUCUCAAAGAACUUCAAGGAGAAUGUGAUCCGCCCAAUCCUGAAAGCUCACUUCCGGAGGGAUGAGUUUCUGGGGCGGAUCAAUGAGAUCGUCUACUUCCUCCCCUUCUGCCAUUCGGAGCUCAUUCAACUAGUCAACAAGGAACUAAACUUCUGGGCCAAGAGAGCCAAGCAAAGGCACAACAUCACACUGCUCUGGGACCGUGAGGUGGCAGACGUGUUGGUCGAUGGCUACAAUGUGCACUAUGGUGCCCGCUCCAUCAAGCAUGAGGUAGAGCGCCGUGUGGUGAACCAGCUGGCAGCUGCCUACGAGCAGGACCUACUGCCAGGGGGCUGCACCCUGCGCAUUACCGUGGAGGACUCAGACAAGCAGCUACUCAAGAGCCCGGAACUGCCUUCACCCCAGGCUGAGAAGCGUCUACCCAAACUGCGGCUGGAGAUCAUUGAUAAGGACAGCAAGACCCACAAACUGGACAUCAGGGCACCGCUGCACCCUGAGAAGGAAGCUCAGAAGUAUGGCAGCUAAGAAAAGAUCAAGCUAGAAGAAGACAGGGACCAGGCUGUGACCUGCCACCCUCUGCUGACCCUCAUGCAACUCAGUCCUCAGAAUGUAUCCACUGGGAGUGGUGGGAAAGUGCACAACCCCAGGCAUAGAUGCUUCUGCAAUUUAGUCUAUAGCCACUUUGUUCUAUGCCCUAAAAUUCUAAGAGGAAGGAACCCAAUAGAUCCUUUCCCCUUUCCACUGUCAUACUAUACCCACUGUUCUCCACAUCACCCCACCCCAACCCCUUGUCCUGCAGUCAGGCCAGACCAUUUUUCUCUAUAGACUUGGGGACUAGGCCAGAACAGGGCACAUCUAGAAAGGGGCCUGACUCAUUCAUUACCCCAUCAUGCUCUGAAGAGCAGUCCCAGAUGACCAGGCAAGUUUAGCUCUUUGGGGGCCUCCAGGAGACUAAUACUGUAGACACUGGGAAGCUGUAGGGGAGAGAUCAUAAGAUUGGGCCUGCCCCCGUGGCCAUGUACUCUGCCUCAGCCUUGUCCAUACUGCUAUACUAAUUAAAUAAGCCUGGAAUAAACAUGCACUUUAUAUAGUCUGCAUGUUGGUCUGCGGGGACUGGACACCAUCCCCUAAGGGCAUUCAACAGGAUAGUUGUGUCUUAGCCCAAGCUUAGCAGGACAGAGCAAGGCCUGGUACAGCCUUGGGCACCACCUGCAGUAGCCACCACCAAUAACCACUCCAUUCACCUUGCCUCUUGUAAGGCCUUUACGGAACCCUCCUGGGUAUUAGCUAGUCUCUUUUAGGAAGCAAAGGAUGGGAGCGGGAAUCAGAGUCCUUUGGGUGAUGGAAGAAUGUCAGACAAUUUGAUGGGUAUAAGGUAAUCAGAAUCCAAGAUGAGGGCUUCAGCAGAUGCUCCAGCAGUCACUGUCUAGCCUCUCAGGAGCCAUGUCUGCUGUUCCCUACCUCAGUGAUUGCUGUUCUUUUUGUUGUCUUUUACUUUUUGUUUCGAAAUAAUUUUAGAGUUACAAAAAGUUGCAAAAAUAGAGUUGCUGUAUAGCCUUCACCCAGUAACUAAUAUUGACAUCUUAUAAAACCAUACUGUGGUUACCAAAAUCAGGAAAUUAACAUUGAUAUAAUAACUAGUAACUGAGCUACAGACAUUAGAGUUCAGCCAGUUUUCCCCUUUUUAUGGUCCAAGAUCCAGUCCAGGAUCCUACAUUGUAUUUCAUUUUAUGUCACCCUAUGGCAAUUUCUCCAUCUUUGUUUGAAUUUUGACACUUUUGAAAAGUCUAGGCCAGUUAUUUUGGUUUUGUCUAAUGUUUUUACAUGAUAGGUUGAGGGUCUGCAUUUUUGGCAGGAUGACCACAGAGGUGAUAAUCAUUCCCUUCUUAGUGCCUCCUAGCAGAGUGUGGGAUUAUCUUUGAUCAAAUGGCUAUGAUGGUGUAUGCCAGGUUUCCACUGUAAAAUUGUAAAUUUAACUUUUGAAGUUAAUAAUUAUCUGGAAAAAUACUUUGAAUCUCUGUAAAUGUCUUAUUUAUCCUUAGAAUUUUGCCUACUGAUUUUAGCUUCAUCAGGGGAUCUUGCUUAUAAGAAUAGUAAUGUAUUCACCUAAUAAGACUUUGUUUCCUUAUUCUAUCUGUAUUCAUUGUUAUUCUCCUGUAAGGAAAAGUCCAUUUUCCCUCAUUUAAUAAUUGUAAACUAAUGGAUGUUUGUUUUAUUCUACGGGUUGUUAUCUAAUACUAACAUAGUUUAUUUUGUGGCUCAAAUUGGCCCACAUUUGGCUUUCAGGUUUGCUCCUGUUUUGUUUCAGUAUUGCCCUCAUCAUUUCUUUUUUCCUUUUUUUUUUUUUUUUUGUUAGAGAGAGUCUCACUAUGUCACCUCGAUAGAGUACGUGGCAAGUACGUGGCUUCACAACUCACAGCAACCUCAGACUCUUGGGCUUAAGUGAUUCUCUUGCCCCAGCCUCCCAAGUAGCUGGGACUACAGGUACCUGCCACAACUCCCGCCUAUUUUUUUGUUGCAGUUGUCACUGUUCAGCAUGCCAAGGCCAGGUUCAAACCUGCCAGCCCAGUGUAUGUGGCCAGUGCCCUAACUACUGAGCUACGGGGCACCCUAAGUACUGAGCUAUGGGCACCAAGCCCCCUCAUCACUUUUUUAAGCACUUCCUUUCUAGAACCACAAGAUGUUCCAGGCUUACUCACAUUUUCCUUGUCCCAGUCCUGACAUGAGUCAUUUCUCCAAGAAGCUUUCUGUUGCUCAUUCCAGAAAAAAGGAACCUAGAAGUCAAAUGAUUUCCUGGUACAUAGAAACCAAGGUUUGGGCACUUGAUGUACUCAUUGCUACUGGAGUAUCAUUCCUUCUAGGCCUUUUCAGCAGACAGAGCUAAGAAAAAAGAAUAUAGGCCUGGCACCCGUGGCUCAAGCAGCUAAGGCGCCAGCCACAUACACCUGAGCUGGCGGGUUCAAAUCCAGCCUGGGCCCGCCAAACAACAAUGAUGGCUGCAACCAAAAAAAAAAAAAAAAUAGCCGGGCAUUGUGGCGGGCACCUAUAGUCCCAGUUACUUGGGAGGUGGAGACAGGAGAAUCACUUGAGCCCAGGAGUUGGAGGUUGCUGUGAGCUGUGAUGCCAUGGCACUCUACCCAGGGUGACAGCUUGAGGCUCUAUCUCAAAAAAAAGAAAAGAAGAAUAUGUGUGUGUGUGUGUGUGUAUACAUAUAGGAAUAUAUAGUCAUCUAAAUAUAUUAUCGUAUCUGUUCUUCUGUAUAUUAAUAGUUCCUAUUGAGUUCCUAUUGAUGCCUACAGUUCUAGUUUAAUAGUUCAAUACUAUAGGGUUUCAAUUCUUACAGCUUCACUUUUUUUUUUUGAGACAUUGUCUUGCCCUGUCUCCCAGGCAUGAGUGCAAUACCGUCAUCAUGUGUCAAACUCAGGGCUUGAGCGAUCAUCAUGACUCAGCCACCUGAGUAGCUGAGACUACAGAUGUCUUGACACCAUGCCUGGCUAAUUUUUCUAUUUUUUGUAGAGAUGGGAUCUUGCUCUUGCUCAAGCUCAUCUCAAACUCCUGGCCUCACAAGUAAUCUAUGUGUCUUGGCCUCCCAAAGUGCUAGGAUUACAGGUGUAAUCCACCACACCUGGCCUGACUUUACUAUUAUUUUUGCUAUUAUUUUUCCUAUUAUCUCUGUUUCUUCUCCUUUCUCUCUUAUUGGUGUCUGGACUUUUCGUAGAAACUCUAUAGUCAGUCAGUGAGUGACCAUCCUCUGCACAGUAUUUCUGCUGCAUAAAGUCUUAUGCCUGACUUUCAGUCCUUUGGUUCAGCUGUGGCCAGGAACAACAGGCAUAUAAUUUAAAACCAGAAACCUGUAUAAGAAAACCCAAUAGACACCUUCCCUGAGAGUAGGGUAAAGGACAGGGUAGACCCUCAGAUUCUGAGGAACUUAAUAAAGCAUCACUUCAUUCUUUGCUAGACCUCCAAUACGGUGUUGGAUCCAUUAUCUUAUACUUUCAUAGUAUUCUAGGCGGUGCUUAGCUCACUCGCCCUACUGUUUUGUGUCUUAGACUAUAAGCUCCAAGAGGGGAAAUACCCAGCUGUUCAGCUCAAUAUGCUAUUCAUGGAAUCUGGCACAAUGCUAGCACAUAAUAGAUAGUCCAGGAAUAUUCAGAUGGGUGGGUAGGACCUGCAGCAAGCACAGAGUUGCACAGUGGGCUCUGGGACAGAACAGUAUCAUUUGUUUGCUAAGCAUACUUUUUAUUUGUCAUGUUCACAUGGCCAAGCCGUAAGACCCACCAAGACUAGAGCUCUGAGCAAAUGGAACAAGGUGAGACCCAAAUACCUUAUUAAGGAUCCUAGAAUACGUGAGGCUAGACUUGAAAAUGAAAAUGUACCAUCUUUAUUGUUCAAAAAGAAAAACUUGGAGGUGUUCGGUGCUUUAGAAACUUAGGAAAGAAACAUAUUUAAACCAUAAGAAAAUAGAAAGUGGACCAAUAAAGAUAAAAGUUAAACUCAACAAAGUAGGGAAAGAAAGGAUAAAUUAAAAAACAAUUCUUUGGCUUGGCACCUGUGGCUUAAGCAGCUAAGGCGCCAGCCACAUACACCUGAGCUGACGGGUUUGAAUCUAGCCUGGCCUGCCAAACAAUGACAGCUGCCACCAAAAAAUAGCCAGGCAUUGUGGUGGGUGCCUAUAGUCCCAGCUACUUGGGAGGCGGAGGCAGGAGAAUUGCUUGAGUCCAGGAGUUGGAGGUUGCUGUGAGCUGUGAUGCCACAGCACUCCAGCCCAGGGUGACAGCUUGAGGCUGUGUCUCAAAAAUAAAAAAAAUUCUUUGAAAGCACCGGUAAAUUAGACAAAACCAGCCAGGCACAAUGGCUCAUACCUGUAAUCCCAGUACUUUGGCAGGCCGUGGCGGGAAGAUUGCUUGAGUUUAGGAGUUUAAGGUUUCAGUGAGCUAUGAUCACACCACUGCACUUUGGCCUGGGUGACAAGGUGAGAUCCUGUCUCAAAAAAACAAACAAAAAAAAGGCAAAAAACCUUAAAUAUAAUUUAAAUAUCUAUAGGGUAAUAGUGUUGAUGUUAAUUUCCUCAUUUUCAUAUUUAUACUAUGAUUAUGAAAGACUGUCUUUUUUUUUU